AUGACAAUCCCAAACAACAACCCAGCAACUAACCCUGAAGAAGAGGAAGACGAAAUCAUCGACUUACCACAUGUAGACAACUCGCGCCUCAUUGCAAGAUUUAGCCGAAGCUUAGUAGGCCGCAUGUUCAACCAGGAUAUACGAAGCACUGAUGCCCUCAUAGCUUUCAUGCCAAGAUCCAACAUCUGGGGUGUUGAGGGGCGAGUUCAUGGCAUAGAUCUGGGAAACUCUAGGUUCCAAUUCGACUUCGACUCGGAAGCAGACCUCCAAAGGCUUCUAAACAAGAGGCCUUGUCACUUCAACAGAUGGUCUUUCUCGCUAGAAAGGUGGAUACCCCAUGUCGGUGACUCUUUCCCCAACAACAUGGUCUUCUGGAUAAGAAUCUCGGGCAUCCCAACCCAUUUUUGGAUGGAGGAAAACUUCAGAGCCAUCAGGAGCAGACUUGGCGAUGUCAAAGCGGUUGACGCUAGAGCUGCAAGAGUUCAAGUUCCUUAA